AUGGCGGUGGUGGUGGCGGGGGGUGGCGCUGGCGGUGGGGGUGGCAGGGCGCGAGGGGAGCAGCAGCCGAGGACGCAUUGGCGCGAGCAGCAGGGGCAGCGGAGCCCCGACAUGGCGGCGGUGCCCAGGCCGCCGCGCCCAAGGCCGGGACCGGCCAGGGUCGCCGUCGUGUACUACCUGUCCAGGAACGGGCAGCUCGAGCACCCGCACUUCAUGGAGGUCGCCCUCUCGUCCCCCGACGGCCUCUACCUCCGAGAUGUGAUCGAUCGGCUCGACGCACUGCGAGGCAAGGGGAUGGCGCGCAUGUACUCAUGGGCCUCCAAGAGGAGCUACCGGAACGGGUUCGUGUGGCACGACCUGGCGGAUGACGACUACGUGCACCCGGUGGGCGGGCGGGAGUACGUGCUCAAGGGCACCGAGCGGCUGCACCCGCCGGCGAUCCACCUCCCGCUGCUCGACGCGGCCGCGGCGUCGUCCUGCUCCUCCGGCUCCCAGGACACGACCACGUCCUCCUCGUCAGGCUGGGAGCACGCCCAGAGGAAGGGCGUCGCCGGCGCGUGCGGCACAGGUGAGCUCGGCGAGUACAGGGUGUACAAGGCCGAGGACCGCGCCGCGGCGGCAGCGGACGCGGCGACGCAGACCGAGGACGGGCACCGUGGGCGGAGCCGCGGUCACCAGAGGCGCGCCCAGGAGGAGCUGAGCCGCGAGGAGACGUCGCCGCCGACGGCGUCCACGAGCCCCGAGACGCUCGAGGCGCUGAUCAAGGCGGACGGCCGCGUCCUGGCGACCGUCCCCGGCGGCGGGAGCAGGGCCCGGGCGUCGUCCGUGCUGAUGCAGCUCAUCUCGUGCGGGUCCGUGUCGGUGAAGGGCGGGCUGGCCACACCGGUGAUGCCGCGCGGGGUGCACUACCGCCCACGCCCGCCGCGCCCGCCGGCGCACGCGGCCGUCGCGGCAGCCGAGACGGCCGUCUACCGGCAGAAGGUGGUCGAGGACAAGGAGUACUUCAGCGGGAGCCUGGUGGAGACGCAGUGCUCGGCCGCCGACCCGUGCCAGGACCUGGCCGUCCUCCGGCGGUCGUCUUCCUACAACGCCGACAGGGCGCAGAAGGCGGAGGAGGCGGUGGACCUGCACGACCGGUGCAUCCCGCGGAAACCCAAGAGCAAGAAGGACGGCUACCAGGUGAUCUCCUGCACCGCGCACGCCAGCGGCAAGAGGAUCGGGGCAUGA